GGCUUUAUGAGCUCACUUAGUAAAUAUCCUUUGUACAUAAGCAUAGUUUGAGUGCCAAAAGGCAGCCUCAAGUAAAUGUAGCAUGCUCUCUAAUUUAACCAACUGUAAUAUGCUGAUAUUUGGGGGAUUGUCUAUUUCUUUUGUGUAAUUAUUAAUCUGCUUUGGAAAUAGGCAUGAGUGAUACAUAGAUUUACCCUUUUGUUUUGAAGGUACUCUUCAUGUAUUACCUUUAAUCUUCACAACAGCCAGAAUUUAGUAGGACAUAUCCAUUACUACAACUAUUUCUCAGAUAUAAGAAAGGUAAUGGAGAGGAUAAGAAAUUUGCUAAAUAGGUGGGCAUGGCUGUUUGUGGUAAGGAUUUUCACAUUACCUGGUCUACUCUUCAUCAGUAUCCCUUAGCAAGUGUUACUAUAAAAAUACUUAUAUGGGCCAGGCAUGGUGGUGCUUGCCUAUGGUCCCAAGUAUUCAGAGGGCUGAGACAGGAGGAUUGCUUGAGCCCAAGAGUUUGAAUCCAGCCUUGGCCAACAUAGCAAUAUCUCAUUUCUUAUUUUAUUUAUUUAUUUAGAGACAGAGCCUCAAGCUGUCGCCCUGGGUAGAGUGCUGCAGCAUCACAGCUCACAGCAACCUCCAACUCCUGGGCGUAAGCGAUUCUCCUGCCUCAGCCCCCCAAGUAGCUGGGACUACAGGCGCCUAGCCAGCAAUAUCUCAUUUCUUCACAAAAAAAAUUUUUAAGUGCAUAAAUGGCAAUCUUGGUGGGGGGAAAUGUUUUAAAGGUAGGAAACAGUAAUGACUUAUAGAGUGAAAGUACAUCUGUCAUUAUAGUCUCUGAAAAAGGUGGCCACUUUAUUUUCCUGUCCCAGAGAGAGACACGCUUGGCUCUGUAACAACCAUUCUGAGCAGAAGAUAUAGCAACUUGCUCUUUCGAUAAAGCUUAGUCCAUUGUUAUUUCUGUCACAGUGCUGCCAAAAAGACAGGCUUUGAAUAGCCCUCAAAAUGGACUAAAUCAAUAGAAUGUGAUUUCUCCGACCUCACAUUCCUUUUGAAUGAUUUUGGGUUUCAGAGAGUAGUUCACUGAAGGUUUUGAAGAAUGCUAAUAACUAAAACUUGAGAAAUGGGUUACCCUUUUUUCUUUUCUUUUAUUGUUGGGGAUUCAUUGAGGGUACAAUAAGCCAGGUUACACUGAUUGCAUUUGUUAGGUAAACCCCCAGGUUACCCUUUUUUCCUUGGGUCACCUCCCAGGAAGUAGUUUGUAGAUUUUAGGCUCUUAAUAAACCACUAGAGGGCUCUCUGCACCCGCAUGCUAGUGUGACAAGAAGGCUGUUUCCCAUCAAUGCCUCUGCAAAUCAUAAUUUCUAAAUUUUCCCGCAUUCCUGCUGUUUUUCUGAGACUACAAAAAAAAGAGUACAGCCCACCUUAAGUUUCGAAAAUUAUACUAUUAUAUAAGUAUGCCUUUUUUUUAGUGUAUUCUUUCAGUCCUAAUCUCACACCUGCUUUUUGUCCUCAGGGCCCUUUCUUUACAUUGAUUAAAUUCCUUUUCUCUGCAACAGAGCUUUACUACUGACCACCUAUCUCUGUCUUUUUUUUUUUUUAGAGCAGCUCUGGGGUCACAAUAAAAUUGAGCAGAAAGUACAGUUUCAUAUACUCUGUUUUUGAGACAUCCCUUUUGCUAAUUGGGAUCUUAAUUCCACUAGUUUCUGGUACCAGUCUCUGUGUUGGCUUUUUAGAAGCAUGACUAGGCAAACACACUUGACGUCGCUACUCAGUCAUCCUAUCAGGCUUUUAUCUGCUAAAUAUCUACAGUGAUUACCAACAGAUUUAAAACUAGAAUAUGCAGACACAAUCAGCAUGAAGAAAAUUGGUUUCCAGAUCUUCCAACUUCUACAUGUACUUAGGAGAACGUGCUUUCAGUCGAGUCGAUAAUUUUAGUUAAGACUUUGGUAUACUAAACCCCAAACUGAAAAAGCAGCUUUAUGACUUGGGAAACAAAUCCAAAUCCUUCUGUUAGUUACGUAAUUUAAAAUUCUCUAUUUUCAACAGAAUUAAAGUAGCACCAAAUCAAAUUAUGAACUGAUUAGGACAUUACAUUCAACCUAGUCCUGUCCCAGUCAAGUUAGGGGUACUGCCAUGAAAUUUUGAUCAUUUGAAGUUUGUGGUUCUCAAGAGGGGUGGGGGCGACUCUGCCCCUACAGGUCAACUGGUGGAGUCUGGUGGCAUUUUUGUCCGUGUAUCACCUGCUGAGAGCAUCCUAGCAGGCACAGGAGUGUCCCUCCCACCCCCCGAUCUAGUGUGCCGGCGGUAAGAGUUUGGGACGUCCUGCCUUAGCAGCUGCAGUUCGCGGGUCUUUGAGCGGAAGCUGCUGUCAGGGACCGGGUCCCUUCCCUGGCCUGCCGUCCCUGGCACGCGCACCACUCCACGGAGCCCACUGUUUCCACCAGCCGCCCGGUGGCGCGCCGCCAGCGUCCACCACCAGCUGAUCCCGCCUCCCGCGCAACGCUUUGUGGCGCGGAGCGGUGACGUCAUUUCCGCUACGAGUUCUGCGGGCCCGCCCCCAACGCGGCCGUAACUUAGGCAACGGCCCGGCCGACAGGCGUCCGGCUCCAAGCCCUAGUCCGGCGGCCGGGACUAGUCGCCCCAGGGCCUUCCACCGAGCCCAGCCCCGCAUGCAGGUGUGAGCGGCCGCUUCCCCGCUCUUAGGGCAAAGCUCUCAGCCACUGCACGGGCGACAGAGAGGCCUGUCCCAUCCGGAAGGAAGCGACCCUCUGUCGUGGGGAAACAGAAGGGACGCCGUAGUGAGGACCUGAGGCUGCACCAAGGAAGAUGUUUAAAACUUUAAGCAACCAUCACAGUAAUGGAUCUCUAUCAGAAGAAUGAGACUGAGUUUAGAAAUAGUGCAAAUAAUGAAAUUCAAAGCACGGAAGAAACGGAGCUAACCUGUUCUUGUCCAGAUGAACGAAGUGAAAAGAAUCACGUUUGUUGUCUCCUCAACAUCAGUGACAUUACAUUUGAACAAGAUGCAAAAGUCACCGAGCUUAUCAUCGGAACUGGAUGGGAAGAAGCCGUCCAGGGCUGGGGAAGGAUUUCUCCAACUGCCUGCAUCUGGCAAAAGAAGAAACUAAAAAAGGCGAGGGUAGGAGAAAGUACGGGCAGUGGCUGCUUAGUCUGUAUGAAUAUCUCCCAAGGGAACCUCGAGGCCAGGCCUCUUAUGGAGGCUGGGAAAUUAGAGGCAGGGGCUGAGGCGGAGGCCAGCCUGGAGAAGGAUCGGAGCAGCCUCUCUCAGACUCAGGGGUGCCCCCAGGGCUCCAAUUCUGCUUCCAGAGAGAUCAGUAAAAUAUGCUUUCCCACCUACUUUCAUGGAGAGAAAAAAAGUGUACAAAUCAAGGAGUUUAUUUUGUGCACAGAAGACUGGGCUGUCCCGGACACCAUUAGGGGCAAGGGCCCCAGGAGUCUUGGGGGCGGCGCUGACAAAGGGAUCUCCAUCUCAGACUCCCUGACAACCAAGGCCCUUUUAGUUCUGCCCCCCCUGAAACCUUCACUCCCAAAUGGCUUGGAUGUUCUGGGUAAGAAGAGUAAGAACUUUUUCUUGCAAUCAGAAGAGAAGGUGCUGAGUGUGGAAAAGGAUGAGUGUGUGGAUUGUGGCUAUAGAUUGAAAAGAGAUGACGGGAAUGGUGCAAAGAGACCUAUUGAGCUGGCCAAGCACCUUAAGGUCAACAACCUGCUGCCCUUCCCUUCCCAGGCAGCCAGGACAAGCCUGCUGGCCGGUCCCCAGCAGUGCUGCCUGCGCUGGCCCCUUCUGCCUGAGAAGAGCCUGGUGUGCUCUCCCAACCCCAGCAGCUAUCUCGCCACCUUGCAGCUUUUGCAGAAACAGGGAAUGCAAAACUACAAAGUCAAAUUCAAAGCCAAGGAGCCGAGACCUCCUGUGAACACCCACAAGCACGUUCUCACAGAGGCCAAGCGGGAAAACAGACCCCAAACACUGGAAACCAAAGUGUUCCCAAGACCUCUCUUGCCAUCCCUCACAGUGAGCAGAGUUGUUAUUCCCCUCUCCACAGGCAACUCUGAGUCUUCACACCCGAUAGAAUUCCCUGGGGACAAGCACUGCUGGAAAUGCUGAGAUUCACGCCUUCUUCUCUUUCCCUUCUCUGCACCUUGCGCUCUCUCUGUCCUCCUCCCCUCCCCCUCCCUCUUUUUUUCUUUUUCCUUUUCUUCUUUCCUCCCCUACCUUCUCCCAUCGUUUUUUUUUUGGUAGUAGAACCAGAGGAAAUUGAACCUCAUUGGAUGGGUUUUGACUUAACUCUGAAACACCAUAUUCACGUGCUGUCUGCUUCUGCUGCUUAACCAUUCACAAAAUGCAAACUGGCAACGCCAGCCUGGGCACUGCCUGCCCACCUCCACUCCCAGCGGAAGCUGCAUGAAAGGUGGGGAAUCCCAAGGGCCUCCCUCCCCCUGCCCCCCACUCCCUAAAAUACACUGGGCUGGUUUAUUCCUGAUCUUUUGAACCAGGCAGAUGUGUGUCUGCUGCCUCUUGUUGUCUUGCAACAAAACUCUGAAGCGUUGCAAAAAAGAUGUGAAGCAUUGCUUUAGCAGGAAACCCUAGCCCAUGUAUCAGGUGAAUACCUGUGUC